CCGAUGCAUUGGUUCCUGAUAGUUCAUCCCAUCUUGACUGUCCAGGCCAACAGCGCAGCAUUGUCAACUCAACUUCGUUCACACAUUCUUACUCAUUUAAAAAAAUCUUAACAAUCGCUACCAAAAUGAAGUUCGCUGCUAUCCUCCUCCCUCUCAUCCCCGCCGCUCUUGCCGGAGAGUGCAUCCGCGACGGCGGCUGCCCCGGCUGUGGCCAAGUUGCCAGCGUCAGCUAUGUCCAGGAUGGAAGCACCUCCACCGCUACAGCUGCCUCCUACGGCUCCGUCACCUUCUCCGACACUACCAUCACUGUCAAGAACACGUCCAACAAGUGGCUACUGUUCUGCAACUACGGCUCGGCCUGCUUCCCCGUCGAGGCCGGCGAUACUUGCACCUCCGCCCGCCAGUCCUCCGACUCCACCGCUCUCGGACUCCAAGUGUGGUCCCAGUAGAAAGGGAUCUCCAAAACGUGCGUCUGGGAUCGGCAUGGCAGCAUGGCGCUGGAAGCUUGGAUAAACGCGCGGGUGUGACAAACUGACAGGAGUCAGGCGGGGUUGAUGGUUCCACGUCCCGCAGUCGUCCCAAUUCUGUGCACAGCGCCUGAGAUGGCGAAUACACGGAUUGGUCACUCUGUGCCACCCCCGCAGGCAAAUUGCGGCCGAUGCACUUGGUCUGCAAAAUGACCGAGAAUAUACACAAACCAAAAGACGUCGAACGAC